AUGGCGAACCCGCGAAAGUUCAGCGAGAAGAUUGCGCUGCACAAUCAAAAGCAAGCGGAGGAAACGGCCGAGUUCGAGCGGAUCAUGAGAGAGGUGUCCGACGUGACGUCUAAGGCUUCAAAGAGUGUUAAUCUGUCGCCAACCACUGGUUCGUUGGGCACGUUUCGCGGUGGUUCUCUACCCAACGUCAAUAAUGAUAACAAGCAGUUCCAGGAAAAGGUGGACGAUGGAACAAAUUUGGCCGAGAUGAAAAUCUACACUCAACCGGAGACCAUUAAGGUGAAAAAAGAAAUCACAUCGAAAGCUAGCACACCGAGCCAUGCGAGAGAAUCGAGAGGACGCACACCUGGUGGGCCGAUGAGAAACCGACAGGCUAGCCGAAACCAUGACACAUCUCCAUAUGGCAAUAGUACGGUGCAUUUGAUACCGCCAAUGGAAAGUAAUUGGCAUCGUUCGAUCUCUGACUCAGCCAUCCACCAGAGCCUGUGCCAAAACCAGCAACAAGAUUCGAAUCAUCUUACCACCCACUCGCCCCUCACACUUAGCCCAACAGUGCAAAGAAAGAUUUCCAAUGCUCAACAUAUGUCGAAAGUGCAUAAUCACAUGACCAAUCACCAUAAUCAUCACCACCAGCACAACCAUCACAACAGUCACCAAGAUAACGGUGGAUCCACGCAGGACAUUAGGUCUCGCUCCUCUACGGCAUUGCCACGGUUGCCGGGAAUCAACAUCUAUCCUUCUCAGAACCAUCCCGAUAGCGUGCAGAUACCCAUACCAAGCAAUACAGGAUCCUUACCAGACCUGACCUCCGUCGGUUAUCCCUCCAUGUAUCCGGCCACUUUGGAUCAAGAAGCUUAUGAUCCGAAUGGCCAAAAUCACAGCUAUUGUCCGAGCCCUCUCGGAACCUCGCCAUCAUCGCUUUCGCCGACAUCUGCCAUCCAGAAUCAUCAUCAUCAUCAUCCGCACCCGCGGGCGAACAGCUUUAGCGGUGGAAUGACUAACAGUGGUGGCGUGGGAAGUGCGGGCGGAAGUGGGGGUUAUCCCAUUCCCGCUAGCCAUUCAAACAGCGGAUCCGUCAGCCCUACCGGUAGCGGCGUAAGCUGCAGUCCGAGUGCAAACAAUACCGUCAGUCUGGCAAACAUUGUAAAUCACAACAACAAUGGCGGCGUAACGGCUCUUAACAAUGGCCUUAAGAGUAAGAAAGCGAAACCACAAACCGUCUCUAGUCAGCCUUUUUUAUCUGUACCAGAUAGUAAUAGAUAUUCGUUUAUGUCGAAGGUCAGCAAUACUUAUGACACUACCCAGCAGCAGUCCCCACAGCAGCAGCAGCAUCAGCACCAGCAGCAGCCACAAGCACAGUCACCGCAACAGGCGCAACAGCAACGAAUACCUACAUUAGAUCAGAUUGCUUACGAUAACUUUACCCAGAUAAACGAUGGUUUGGCAUCACCCAACCAUAACUCACCAGAAAGCAUACUGUACGGAUCUCAUGGAAAUGUGUCUCCGCAAAUUAUGUCCGAUUAUCGGAAUCGACCCAGUCCGGGCUCUAGUCCGGGGUUGGCAUUGGUGAACAAUCCUGACUCUAACUCGAGUGCACCCUGUAGUCCCGUUUCGCACAGCGUUGGAAGUAACAAUGGGCAAACGUACGAUAAAUAUCCCACAAGCGAUGUUUAUGCGCAGAAUACCUUACCGCAGUAUUUGGAACACAUAACAUUGGACUGGACUACACUGGUUCAAAGUCUAGUAGAGUCUGGAUGCACAUUAACCGCGCAAGUGCAGUGCGAUUCUGAUUUUACGACCAAUCAAAUGGUCUUCAGCGGGUUUGACGAAACCUAUCUGACAAUGAACAGCACUCUUGGUAUGAGGCCACAACAUGGCCAAGGAAAUGCUCAGGGUCAUCAAAAUCACCAAACAAGCACCCAAACCAAUCAGUUAAAUACGGUGAAUUGUCAAAAUAUGCAGAGUAUGCAGAAUACGACCAUGAACAAUAUGUUCAACGGAACGACGGAGCCGUUGCUGAGCUUACCAAAUACGCAAUCUCUGAUAGAACCACAAACUCCAACAAUUCCCGAAAUCGUGUUUACAGAUUAUUCAACUAGAGACGAUUUUGAAGCGGAUCUUGGGCUCGGCCAUAUGGAUUUUCAGAGCAUCCAAAUGCUAUCCGACACCAGCACGAUGAUCGAUCCAAUGGACGAGGACAGCUUUCGUCGAGAUUUACAGUAGUUCAAACCGAUCCUGUUACCACCACCCUUCUGUUUAAACUACUCUCUGUAUCGCACGAGAUGGCUGCUUACUUCAAAGCAACUACAGCGAAGCUUUCACAGGUAUUGCGACAAUGCUAUUAACAAUGCUGGAAUAAGCUACACGAAAACAAAAAAGCGGCAAAAGGGUGAAGGGAAUUAACUUUACUGAUAAGCAACUGCACGAGGUCGAGUCAUGUACAAUCACCAGUGUGUAUUUCGCUGUGUAUGUACAUCACGAUCGAUUACUCUUUCUGAAACGUUGGGUUUCUACAAGUUUCCGAUUUUGGCGACUACAGAGUGGAAUACAGAUCCAAAAGAUUUACUUUUGGUUUGUCAACAUUGUUCAAAGAUAAAAAUAACUUUCCUCUGUGACUGAUCUCGUUUUUUAUUCAAAGAUUAAUUGCUAUGUAUCGUCAUAUCAUGAUGACGACGUCCUCAAAUGGCUUAUUCGAUAGCUUACUUUGUUUUGAUAAAAGGAUUAAUCCAAGUAACAAGAAAUAAAACCAAAUAUUUUCCCGAAGUGGCAUCUAUGACCGGUGACACCAAUUGAAAAAUACUAUUUAAAUGAAUUUAAUGGAAGAAAUGUUGUCCACAAGCACAAAAAGUGACGUUCAGAGUGCUUACGGUUGAUGGUCACCGCCGUUCUGAAGUUUUAUUGCCGUAGAACUGGAAUGUAUUGGAAAAGAGAAAACAACACAAAACAAAAGAAUCGAGAAGUCCAUUGGGAAUGGGUUGAGGAAUGUGUCGAAACGAUGGAAACUAGUAUAAAAGUCAAUAGGUUCAACAGAAUGACCAAGCGCAGAAAAUGAUUAAAACAUAAGAAAAAAUGAGUAAAAAAAGAAAUACAAAGCUCGAAAUUAUUACAAAAACCGGCUUCUUCUCAAGGAAGUUUUCAAAGCAGCAAAAAAAAUUACAAGAGUUGUCUGUGCAAUGCUUUUUUUUAUGUCACCUUCGCUGAUAAACAACAUUACAACAUUGUGCUAUUUACUGAGAAUAAGAGAUACAUAAUAAGUACGAUGUAGUUGAAAAAGCGUAAAUUUAGUUAGAUAAAUAAUGAAUGGUGAAAAUACACAACUUGUACAUUAAAAAGAAGAAAACAUGAAGGCAAAUAGAAACAGAAUAUGUACAGUAAUGUGAUGGUUCCGGGAGGCAGAACUACUUAAUUUUUUCGUUGGUUGCGAUAGCAAGCAAAGGCCUUCAAGGCUCCAUUCACUCUGCUGAAAUAGUACGAAAGCUGGUUAGCCGACACUGGUUGGGCUUAGAAAAAUUAUCAAACACUUUUUCUCGUUAUAUGAUUUCCUAUACUUUUGCUUCAAAUAACCUUUUUCAUCGAAAUCAAGACUGGGUAAAUAUUUCCUGGUCCAUGUAGGAGAGGGUUUUUAUUCACGAAGGCAGCAUAUUAAAUAUCCGUAAGGGAGAAGAGAAGGAACUUACUGACAAACACAGACAUGAUUGUAAACGUAAACGUACGUAAACAAUGCUUUUGAGUUUGAACAAUGAGUUUUGAAAACGAGGCUUGCUGCGUAUAAAGCAGCCCCAAUUCAGUUCUGUGAUUCGCAAUCGACAAAAAAGGUGUAUUAUGUGGCCACGUGAAGCUGUAAAUGUUAUAAUAUCAUAACAUAUCAAAUUUGAUCUUUGUUUGGCUUCUCGUAAUAUUUGCUUUCCUACGUACGGAACAUAGAAAGCCGCUUAACAAGUAAUACGCGAAGGGCAGCAUUUUAUAGACUAAUAGCCAAUUGUUGAAGAGCGAACUUUGGAUGCGAAUGUUUUCAGUAUAGAAAAAAAUUAUUACAGUUUCACUACCUUACAAAGUUCAAAUCAUUCGAGUACAAAAUACAAAGCAUGGUUUUACAAAUAAAUUGAAUUGGAAUGAUAUUGGAAUAUAUUUUGGAGGCAUAAAGAAAAGAUUAACUAUUUCACUUAACACAACAACUAUGUACUUUGAAUGAUGAGCGUUUUGUGUGUUAGCAUCGCAAAGUAUGUCCGUUUUGUUGCGGUUUGGAAAUUACAGUAAGAGGGGAUUUGAACGGCUUAGAUCCGAGAAAAGAUUUCAUUUGCACCUGUAACUAUUUGCGUAAAUGUCGUUACGGUGUGGUUUGACAAUGAAUGUACAAAUGCAUAAUUGGACAUUGUGGCUAUUUUCUAGUUACCCCAAACUUUUGUGGUCUAUAUAAAGGAUGAGAAUAGUACGCUAGAACCAAGUGACAAGGAGCAAAAGUCAGAUACACAUUAAGGUACGCUUGAAUUGAAGCCUAUUGCAAUCGCUCGCAGAAUAUACAAUUUCUCACGUAUUUUUCUAUGACUCUGUUAAUUACAGUCUCUCUCUUUCUCUUUCGCUCUCUCUUUGUCUUUCUUUCUCUCUUCCGCUUUUGCGCUGCUUCGUCCCAAUUUCCCUAUUUCCGGAUGCUCGUCCGGAUGUUCGUACUAAAUUUCUGCGAUUACUUUUCACAACCUUCCGGAUCAGCAUGAUAAAUUGGCCAAUUUAAAAUCACUUUCAGUAACAACAUUUGUAUCUGUAUUUGUAUUUUUAUGAAAAAGACAUAAAUCAUGCCCACAUAUUUUUGCAACAUUUUUUCGAUAAUGGUCGGCCCUGAAGUGUACAAAAAAUCGUUACCAAAACCAAAACGAAGCAUGGCGAAUAAAAGCUUUCGGUAUGAUGGUAAACAAAAAACGCACACAUUCAAAAGUCGGAGAAUAAAUGAACAAAAUCAAAGAAAAUAAAGACAAUUUUUGCAAUGACACUACACGUUUAUGGUACACUACGAUACGAAUCAAUCGCAACUGAAACAUUUGCAUGUGGCUUAAACGAAAAGAUGCGACGGAUUAAGAAAAGAACGAAAACGGUCGAUUCAAUGUUAUGUAAGCCGAGCUAUUCUAAAGUGAGGUAGGGUUAGUUUGCGUCUACAGUACGAGAGAAGGCACUCGUGUUUUUAUUUGUACUCGUCUUUCGAUGUCCCUGUUUAACUUUUCAACAAUAUAGAGGCGUCAUUUGUUGUCCUGCUAACGUUGGGUAUGAUUGGUUUGCAAUACUCUAAGUUACCUGUAUAUUUGCGAUUGUUUGCUAAACGAUAUGGCAUUCGAAGGUGAGGAGACGAAUCGUGGUUAGGUAAUGUACAUAUAAGCAAACGAAUUGCUCGGUCCAUUCAGUCAGUGACAUUACGUGUGUUAGAGUGUAAGACAAUGGUUCUUGUUUAACACCAAUAAGAAAUGUAUGCAUUAUCUUUUUUAUGAUUUCGGUGUUUUAUUUCCAAGAUUCCUCUUCUGGUUGCAUUACAUUUAAAAUUUC